ACACAAACCAGAACUAACAUGGGUUCCAUGUCUCCAAUCAAUCCUUAAAAUCAAAAGCAAAAUACAGAUUGUAUGGUGCCAAACUUAUAGCAAAAAACCAGCACGCAAUUGAGUAUCACAAUGAAACCCAAACACAAAGGAUUGUUGUUGAAUAAAGCAUCAACAAACACCUCAAAAUAACACCCAAGAUUCCAUAAAUAUUUGGCCACAAACAAACCUAAUCCUGAUGAAAAUCGUAUUCCAAAGUUUCGCGUUGAACAGUAAGAACGCUACCCAAAAUUUCUUGAAUCGACUGAAUAAUCAAAUGGGAUUGAAAUCCAACCUCAUAACAUGAAAUAGGAUUACCAAUCGCUCAAAGUCUCAGACAAUUAGCCAUAAAAAAAGUCUGGAUCGUGCUGAAUCAUUGAGACAAAAUCGCGAUGAAUAGUGUCAGACAUGGCGUUGACCUUCAAAUUCUUCAAAUCAACUCCAAAAUCAGCGAUAAAAACCUCUAAUAUAGAUUCCCCGCUGUAGGCAAACCAAGAGUUCCAAAAAUCUGAAGCAACCAUCUCAAAUCCAUGGAAAGUAGAAGAAGAAGAAUUGGAUAGAUUCAUUGCAUCCAUGGAAUGAUAUGCACGCAUCUAUUGAUAGAGAGGAGAAAGUGUCCAACUACUGUUUUCCAGAUCUCUCUCUUUCUCUCUUGCCUUCUCCGUUCGAGUCUUUUCCUGGUGCUGCCCUCUCAGUUGAUUCCAGCUGCAAUUCUUGAAAUAUUUUCAAUUCGUUUCCUUUUUUGAGCGCAUCUUACACAUUGCGAACGAGGUUUCUCAUUUUAAGCUCGACCCAGAACUUGUCUCAUUGUCAAAGAACCACUGCCGUCUUCCUGGGAAAAUGUGACCUGGAGCGGGUCCAUUGAAAUCCGAAUAAGGAGCAUUUGUAUUAGGUAACAAGCGUCUGGUUUUCUUCUAAGUGAGAUUGAGAUUAAAUAUCAAACACAAAAGAGUUCACGUUGGUCUUAUGAUGGCACACCUUGCCACAAAUCAUUUUACUGGAGGGCAUCAUCCAGGGUCUUCGAGUGAUGCAUUGUACAAGGAGCUGUGGCAUGCAUGCGCUGGACCACUUGUCACAGUUCCUCGUGAAGGAGAAAGAGUUUACUAUUUUCCACAAGGUCACAUGGAACAGCUUGAAGCAUCUACCCAUCAGGGAAUAGAGCAGCAGAUUCCUUCAUUCAAUUUACCAGAUAAAAUUCUGUGCAGAGUAAUGAAUGUCCUUCUUCAGGCUGAACCUGAAACGGAUGAGGUGUAUGCCCAAUUGACUUUGAUUCCUGAAACCGAUCAAAGUGAGAUAACAAGUCCCGAUCCCCCUCUUCCUGAACCUCAACAAUUUGAAAUGCAUUCAUUUUGUAAAACACUUACUGCAUCUGAUACAAGCACCCAUGGUGGCUUUUCUGUUCUCAGGAGACAUGCAGAUGAAUGUUUGCCCCCAUUGGAUAUGUCUCAACAGCCACCUUGGCAGGAGUUGGUUUCUACUGAUCUUCAUGGCAAUCAGUGGCAUUUUCGUCACAUCUUUCGUGGUCAACCAAGGCGUCACUUACUCACGACUGGGUGGAGUGUUUUUGUUAGUGCAAAGAAAUUAGUAGCUGGAGAUGCCUUCAUCUUCCUCAGAGGUGAAAAUAGGGAGCUUAGAGUUGGUGUUAGAAGGCAUAUGAGACAGCUAAACAAUACAUCAUCUUCUGUUAUAUCAAGUCACAGCAUGCAUCUGGGAGUUCUUGCCACUGCUUCACAUGCCAUCUCAACAGGGACUUUUUUCUCUGUUUUUUACAAGCCAAGGACAAGCCCAUCUCAGUUUGUUGUGAGUGUGAACAAAUAUCUUGAAGCACAAAAUAACAAGUUUUCUGUCGGAAUGAGGUUCAAGAUGGUGUUUGAAGGCGAGGAAGUCCUGGAAAGAAGGUUCAGUGGGACCAUCAUCGGCGUUGGAGAUGAGACGACAUCUAGAUGGGCAGAUUCUAAAUGGAGAGCUCUAAAGGUUCAAUGGGACGAGCCAUCAUCAGUUCUCCGUCCUGAAAGGGUAUCCCCAUGGGAGAUUGAACCACUUGUGGCAACAUUGCCACCUCAAAAUCCUCAACUUCAUCACCAUAGGAACAAACGUUCACGCCUAACCAUUUCAGCUUCACCUGCACAAGAAUUUCUUCCACAAGGUACAUGGAAUUCAAUUGCUGAUUCUCCAUUACCACUCUCACGAUGCGAUCCAGAAUCAUAUCCAUCACUCAAACUCUCUUUUGAGUCAAAUGCCAACAACCCAGCAGACUCGGCUGCACCAGCCACUGAAAGGAGACAGGGGAAUGGCUGCAAACUGUUUGGGUUUGAGUUGCUGGGCCAUUCAACAAAUGACACGUCACAUGCGGUUGCUGCACCACCUCAAGAGAACCAUCCAAACCCACCUUUUGAUACUGAAUCUGAACAACUUUCCGAACCAUCAUACCCAACUAGGUCUGACAUUGAUCCUGAGAGAUCAUCUUUGAGAUCCACCCAUGAAUCUCAAAGCAAGCAAAUUAGGAGCUGCACUAAGGUUCACAUGCAAGGGAAGGCAGUCGGGAGAGCAGUAGACGUGACCGGGUACAAUGGAUAUGAUGAUUUGCUGAAGAAAUUAGAAAAAAUGUUUGAGAUUGAAGGUGAGCUGUGUGGGUCAGUCAAGAAAUGGCAGGUUGUGUACACAGAUGAUGAAGACGACAUGAUGAUGGUCGGAGAUGAUCCUUGGCACGAGUUCUGCUGCAUGGUCAGAAAAAUCUUCAUAUACACAAACGAAGAAGCCAAGAUGCUUUCACCAAAGAUGAAGCUUCCCCAAAGUGAUAAUGUCAGUCCAGGCCAUCCACUUUCAGACCCUCCAAGUUGCACAGAUGAAGAAGCUUGACACAUGCCACCAUCACUCCCUGCAGCUCAAGCUCAAGGCUUGCUUGGAUUGAGACUAUAGCUUGAGAGGAAGGACAGAGCGUAGGUCCAUGAAAGGAAAACUGUUUGGAGGACAAUGUAUGUACCAUAAGAAUUGGCGAGUUCUUCUUCUCGACAUGAAGAUAAGGAUGGGUUUCAACAACCAAGUAGAAGAAGAAACAGUGUUGAGAAGCUUGAUGGGUAAUUGUCUCUUUAUUUAAUGCUGCUAUUUAGUUUUGGGUUAAAUAUGUUUUUCCCCUACAAAUAUAAGGUUUUGUUUGUUUGUUUUUUAGGCCCCUGACAUUUUGUAUUAAGCCUUUCUUAAAACUCGCUUUCCGACUCUCCAAUAAUCUCUGUUUUUUUAAUGAAAAAAUGGCAUGACUCGCAAAAUGUUAGACAUUUCCACGUCUGAUAUUUUGCUUGUCACAUCAGUUUUUUUUAAUUAAAACAAAAAAAUUAAUCAGAGAUUGAUGUAGAGUCGGAGAGAGAUAAAAAAAGAAAGCAAUGUAAAUUUUAGAGGUGAAAAAUAAAAACAACCUGAAAGGGUUCUCAAACAAUAAAUCAUCCAUAUAUUCUCAGAAUUAAAAUCAUACAGUAUCA